AUGCGACCCCUGGUGCCCGCUCUACUGCUUGUUUUAUUGCGCCCGGCUCUAACGCUCACGAGCGACAGUCUCACAGUGCAGACUGCCAAUGAGGCCAUCACCGGCCAUCUGUCAGCUAGCCACGGAGAGGUGAUAGAGUUUCUAGGAAUCCCCUUUGCUCAACCACCCAUCAAUGACCUGCGAUGGGAGCCCCCGCAGACAUACCAAGGCGAUGGUCCCUAUAUUGCUGACACUGACUGUCCCUAUACCCACACCUCUCUGUAUACAUACCCGAAUGAGGCGGGGCAAUUCCCCAGCAUCAUGAAGGCCUUCAUGGCAUCCGAGGGCAACAACUCGCAGAGCGAGGAUUGCUUGACCCUGAACAUUUGGACUCGGCUCUCCACUUCUCGGGCUCCUAAGCCAGUCUAUGUUCACUUCUAUGGAGGCCGUUACACCUCGGGCACCACGAAUACCCCGUUCUACUUGGGGGCUGGUCUAGCAAGCAGCCAAGAUAUCAUCGUCGUGACGGUGAACUACCGCACGAACGUCUUCGGUUUUCCAGGCAUCCCAACCCUGGCAACUAGCAACCUCGGUCUACUGGAUCAGCGUGCCGCCGUUGAAUGGCUUCAUGACAACAUCGAGGCCUUUGGCGGCGAUGCAAACCGGAUUGUGAUCUCAGGCCAGUCUUGUGGAGCCGCAAUGGUGGACUACUGGGCCUAUGCCUGGCCGAAUGAUCCCAUCGUGGCCGGAUUGAUCUCGCACUCGGGCACAGCAUUGAGCUUUGGGGGUAAUUCAGCAGAUUUGUCCGCGCGAAACUGGGACAAUAUCACUGUCCAGUUAGGGUGCCAUACCACUGCGCAUGUGCUGGCCUGUAUGAAGCGCCAGUCAGUAUCGGUGGUGUUGAUCGCAGCGGGUAAGCUACCCACCUCCUCGACCGGCACGGUGGGCCGCACUCUGCCCGCCUUUGAGGCUACGAUUGACAACGUGACGAUCUUCGAUGAUUACGAGGCUCUGACUUCGAAAGGACGGUUCGCGCGCGUCCCCUAUCUUCUCGGCCACAACGACAACGAGGCCGGGUUUUACAAGAUCGCGGUUCAUAUGCAAGGUAAAAGCCUCACUGUCGAGCAAUGGCAAGCAUUCAACGAGAACACGUUCACCUGCCCGACGGACUACCAGGCUGCUCAGCGGGUACGUUUCGGCGUGUCCGCCUGGCGCUUCCGCUUCUUUGCUGACUGGAACAACACACGGCUGUAUCCCACAAGUGGCGCGUAUCAUGGCGUCGACAUGAAUAUGAUCUACGGCAACUCCGAGUUGUUCACAGGUCUCCCCGCAUCUGCCGGGCAGGUCGAACUGGCGUCUCGAAUGCAAAUGGCGUGGGCAGCGUUUGUCACCGAUCCUACUGCGGGGUUGAGCAAGGUGGGAUGGCCCGUCUUUGAUCUCAACAAUAACACAUUGAUCCGUCUGGGGUAUGAGAACCAACCUGAUGUGGAAUUUGUCAGCCCCUCAAUUUACAACCAGGCGUGUACCAAGUCGCCUCAGUAG